AUGUUAGAACUUCUCGACAGCAAUAUACGAUACAAGCUGCUGAUACAGCGUAAUAGUACCGCUGCUGGUGACGGUACACCUCUACACAACUGGAUCAAGGCGCAGAUGUCUCAGAUAAAAGACAGCACUUCGUUGAAUAAGCUCUCUGAAGUUAUUGAACUUUUGCUCUCAUAUUCCAAGUGUGACGAACUUGAGAUGCUUAAUGAAGCUGGCGACACAAUUUUGCACACGAGCUUCUUCAUCGAGAGAAUGCUACAGGGGCGCACACCUCUUGAACUUGCACAUGAUAUGUAUAUUUUAUUCAAGAUUAGUGCGUUGGUCAACAUUUCUUCUAAUCUCACGAAUCACCACGGCUUCGGACAUAUAAACGAGGAGGUCCGCAAUAUCAGUAAUAACCACCCAAGCACAUUUGUCAAAAAUGACGACAAUGACGAUCUUAGUCCUGAAGAAAAGAUAUGGAUACUGUGCAAAGAGACUGCGGCAAGUUCCCAGAGCAAACGCCGUAUGGUAAGCUUAAAUGAGGCAAACGUUGUUGCGGCAAGACUCAGUGAAAUGGCGCAAACUUCGAGGCAGUAUCGCAAUACCCUGAAAAUAGGUGGAGAGACAUACCAUGCGGCUGAUAAUGCCGAAAAGCAGGAGAAGCAGGAAGUGGAUAUAGUCGUCCAAUGGCUUAGCAACGCAGAGCCAUGGCUUAAUGUUGAUUAG